UGGCGGGGCUGUGCGAACCACCUUUUUGUCCAACAUCCUUCACUAUCUUUCUCCAAAGAUUUCAAUAACCUCGAUUUAGUAUCGACAUUUACCUUCCUAUCUAUUUCCCGCAAAGAAAUCUCAAAUCGCAAAUCGACACAACCACCCGUUGCGAAAAAAUGACAGGACCGUCAACGUAACCACUCCUCUCCUCUUUUCCAACUAACAAACUCAACCCCUCCCUCACUCAAAACUCAAAGAAACAACCUACUAACAAACACACCCAACCACAGACCCGGGCAAGAAGGGCCCUCCUUCGCACCACCACCACUCCCCUCAGGCUGGAUCGCCCAAUGGGACGGCAACAGCAAGAAAUAUUAUUUCGUGCAACUAAGCACCGGAGCUUCGCAAUGGGAUACACCUAUCCAUGCUGCACCUACGGGACCCACACCUCAAGCUACACCGCAGGGAACUGAACAUCCCUAUGGAUUACCUGGGGAAAGUCACGGGGGAGAAUAUGGAAAUAAUAUGAAUAGUAUGCACGCGCAUGCGCAGCCUGCUGAGAUGGGUGGUGAUGGGACGAGGGGAUUUGGAGGGGAGAAUGCGGGUGGAGAUGGGGAGAGAGGUAUUGGGGUGAGUUUUUGAUUAUUUUGUGGUUUUUUCUUUAUAUUUUUGAUUAUUUUACUUCAAGGUGUGGGAUACUAAUCUAUAAUGUUGCAAUAGUCCUUUAUUACAAACCAAUAUUUGAAAAAGCAAACCGGAGGAAUCCUAGGUGGAAGUAGUAGUUCCAAUCAAGGAAGUGGUUUGGGAAGUCUAGGUGGACUCGCAAGUUCAUUCUUGGGAGGAUCUUCAGGAUCAAGUCAUAACAAUAAUAAUAAUUCGCAUUCAACAAGUGGCAGUGGCACAUCUGGGAUCGCGGGUGCUUUGGGUAGUUUAUUGGGUGGUGGAAAGAAAACAGACAAACCACCAGCACAGAGUUCGAGUUAUUCCAGCUCGCAGACUGGUCAACAUGGUCAGGGUGGUGCUAGCGGAUUGAUGGGAAGUUUGGGUGGAAUGUUUGGACAUCAAGGUCAAUCUGUAGGUGGAACUGUUUCGUCGAUUUUUGGUAUUGUGCUAAUAUCUAAAUAGCAGGGUGAAAACUUCGGAUAUUCGAACAACAGCAGCGCAAGCCAAGGAGGUUAUUCUGGAGCAGCUCCUCCAAGUUCUUAUCAGCCUGCCGGCGCAAGUCAGAACUCAUACAGCUCUCCAGCUCCCGCACAAUCCUAUGGCCAAGGACCUACACAUACAACAUCGUCACAGUCCUAUUCCCAAGGACAUAACCAUUCUUAUUCUCAAGGAUCUGCAUCAUCCCAUCAAUAUGAUCCACAAAAUCCAUCUCAUGGCAUGCCACCAAAACAACAAUAUGGUGCUCCGAGUCAACAAUCAUCGUACGGUGCUCCUCAACAUCAGUCUACAUUCGGAAAUGCUCCGCAAUCGCAACAUAAUCAAUACCCGGGACCUCCAGUUUAUGGAUCUGGUCCAAGUUCUCCAGGUGGAUACGGUGCGCCUCAACAUCAACAACAUCAAGGGCAUCCGCAACAUCAACAGCACCAGCAACAGCAACAUCAAUAUGGUGGCCCGCCUGGUUCAGAGAUGUCAGGGGGCAUGUACGGUGGCGGAGCUCCUCCUAUACCACAUGGAAGCCAUCCUCAUCAUGGCCAACAUCAUCAACAACAUGGCUCGCAAGGUGGUUCAUCUGGUGGUUACCCUCCUCCUCCUUCCAGUGGUUAUCCUGGUCAACCAGGAUGGUAGUGCUUUAAUCGUAGUAUGAUGGAUAGAGUAAGCGAGCUAAUAACUCCGGUGUGUUUGGGACGGCUAGGGCUUCUUCUGAUAGAUCGAUAUCCUGUAUAUGCGAAAACUGCAUGGCUUUUGGAGAGAAUACUCUUUAUGAAAUAUGA